AUGUCUGCAGACUUCUGGGCAGGAUAUAUCAGCGGCGCCGCAGGAAUUCUCAUUGGCAACCCACUGGACGUUAUCAAAGUUCGUCUUCAGGCUGGCACACCUGUUACAACAGCCCCUUCCAGUUACACCUCACAGUUCUCUACUGCGGGGUCUCUCAUUCGGGGAGCCACAGCUCCAAUCCUUGGCUAUGGCGCUCUCAAUGCGCUCUUGUUCAUGACAUACAACCGAAGUAAUACCUUCUUGAAUACAAGUCCUUCGGGGCUCCCUCCCAACUUAUGGACAACAUGGCUCGCAGGUGCCAUUGGCGGAUUGGCGACCUGGGUAGUCAGUACUCCGACUGAGUUGGUGAAAUGUCGAGCUCAAAUGUCCACUUCAGCCAGUACAUCAUCGAGCUGGGGCAUCACAAAAGACAUCAUACGGGCCGAGGGGUUGCGCGGACUCUACUUUGGUGGAAUUGUCACAGCAUUGAGAGACAGUAUUGGUUAUGGGUUCUACUUCUGGUCUUAUGAGCUGAGCACUAGGUCUCUAAAGUCGAGAUUUGGCAACGAGACAAACUCUACAGCCCAAGAAGCAGCUCAAGUCCUUCUUUGUGGUGGUUUGGCUGGUGUCAUAACGUGGGCCUCCAUUUUCCCACUCGACAUGAUCAAGACCCGAGUUCAAACGCAAAUUUCGGUCCCUCAAUAUGCUGUCGAGGGCGAGCCCUUAAUAGCAAGUACACCACAGCGCAGAUUAGGAGCCAUUGAGAUAGCACAGAAUGCAUAUCGAGUUGAAGGGAUGGGCGUUUUCUUUAGAGGAUUAGGCGUCUGUAGCUUUAGAGCAUUCAUCGUGAAUGCCGCUCAGUGGGCGGUUUACGAAUGGAUAAUGAGAGAACUAGAUCCUGAGAGGAGGGUUGUUGAGAAGAAUGUUUAG